UCAAUCUUUCUCCUAAAGCUCUCAAACCAGUGAUCACUUCACAAGUAAACUCUUCAAAACAAUUCCAGCAUUCUUUUAACACAAUGGAGAACUUGUUCCGGUUUAUCGAUGAUCAUCAGGAUUCGUCGCGCCGCCGGUGCAUCUGGGUCAAUGGCCCCGUCAUUGUCGGGGCGGGUCCCUCUGGCCUUGCCACAGCUGCAUGCCUCAGGGAGCAGGGUGUGCCAUUUGUCGUUCUCGAGAGGGCCGACUGCAUUGCUUCGCUGUGGCAGAAGCGGACCUACCACCGCCUCAAGCUCCACCUUCCCAAGCAGUUCUGCCAGCUCCCGAAGCUCCCGUUCCCUGAGGACUAUCCUGAGUACCCGACCAGGAGGCAGUUCAUAGACUACCUCGAGUCCUACGCGAAGCACUUCAACAUCAACCCAAACUUUGGCGAGUGCGUCCAGUCGGCACGUUAUGAUGAGACAAGUGGCCUGUGGCGGGUUAGGACCACCACCUCCUCAGGUCCCGAGGUCGAGUACAUCUGCCGGUGGCUUCUGGUGGCCACAGGUGAGAAUGCCGAGUGCAUGGUGCCGGAAAUCGAAGGCCUUGCCAGCUUCAAGGGUGAAGUCAUCCACGCUUCCGACUACACGUCCGGAGAGAAAUACUCCGGAAAGCGUGUCCUAGUGGUCGGGUGCGGGAACUCUGGGAUGGAAGUCUCCCUCGACCUCUGCAACCACAAUGCGUACCCAUCGAUGGUUGUUCGCUCCUCCGUCCAUGUAUUGCCAAGGGAAAUCCUAGGAAAAUCCACAUUCGAGCUCGCCGUCUUCCUCAUGAAGUGGCUUCCGCUUUGGCUGGUCGAUAAGCUGCUCUUGAUCCUUGCAUGGUUAGUCCUUGGAAACAUCGCGAACUACGGGAUUAAGAGACCGUCUACAGGGCCACUCGAGCUCAAGAACACGAAAGGGAAGACUCCGGUGCUCGAUAUAGGUGCCUUGGAGAAGAUCCGAUCAGGAAAGAUUAAGGUCAUCCCAACUGGAAUCAAGAGGUUCGUGUCACCAAACAGGGUUGAGCUCGCAAACGGGGACCAGCUCGAGUUCGACUCUGUCAUUCUUGCCACUGGCUACAGGAGCAAUGUGCGUUCCUGGCUACAAGAAAGCGAGUUUUUUAAUAAAAAUGGAUUCCCGAAAUCACCAUUCCCCAACGGAUGGAAGGGAAGCAAGGGGCUGUACGCGGUCGGGUUCACGAGGAGAGGGCUGUCUGGUGCUUCCUGGGAUGCCACGAGAAUUGCUCAGGACAUCGGCUCUGUCUGGAAAAAGGAAACUGAGCAGCAGAAGAAGACCACUUCUUCUAUUGCCUGCCAUAGAAGAUGCAUCUCCCAGCAGUUUUAAAAAAAUAUAACUUGAAACACGUGAUUUUAUAUAAACGCACUGUACAAAACAUAUAGGAAAAGAGAAAAAAUGAAAAGGUUACAUAGCAGACAGACAGACUGAGCCCUCUCCGGACCGGCCCAAGUUUUCCAUGUGAUUUGGGCAUGUCGUAGUUUUAGGACGAUGAGGCUUUUUUCUUUCUUUCAGGUAUUCUAUUCAAGUAAUGUUUGUACAAUGUUCAGAUAUCUGACACGA